AUGUUUUCACUGUCUCGCAAUGCACGGAAGCUAUUUGCAGAAAUUACCCAAAGAAUUAGAAAAUCUCCAGCGAGACUCACCGCAGCUUUAUUCCAUAGGGAUUCAAAUCACGAGGACCCAGUUUCUUAUGCUGAAAAUGAUUAUGUAUUGGUUUCAUGGACAUCCAAUUUAUCUAAGUUGGUAAGGCAAGGCCAGCCAGAGGAAGCCAUUUCCUUGUUCAAGAGAAUGCUAUUGCUGAUGAGUAAUCAAGGGCCAAACUAUGUUACAAUUUUAAGCUUAAUAAAAGCCGUCGAUGCUCUGAAUUGGGAUGCUCCGAUAAUGAUGGUUCAUGGAAUGGUGGUGAGAAUGGGGUUUAUAUCAGAGCCCUCAGUUUUAACUGCUCUUAUUGGGUCUUAUUCCGUUUAUGAUAUGGAAACUUGUUGGAGUUUGUUUCAUCAAAUACCCGAUAAGGAUGUUGUGUUAUGGAGUGCUAUGAUUGCUGCCUGUGUUAAGAAUAAGGACUAUCUGGAAGCUCUUGAGUUGUUUAGAAGAAUGCAGAUUUUUGGGUUGAAAGUUAAUCAUAUUAGUAUUAUCAGCAUUCUGCCUGCCUGUGCUAAUCUUGGCGCUCUACGGUCGGGUAGAGAAAUACACGGUUUUAUUAUAAGAAGAAUGUUUUAUCGUGUUGUUAGUGUCCAGAAUUCAUUGGUUGAUAUGUAUGCAAAGUGUAGGAGUCUUGAGACAGGGAUUCGUGUUUUUGAUGGGAUGUUGAAGAAGGACUUGGUUUCUUGGAGGAUUGCGGUCCGUGGUUACAUUGAGAAUGAACGUUGUAUAGAAGCAAUUAAUGUUUUCUCGAAGAUGCGGCUGUUGUCUUUCUUUGCGCCAGAUGAAUUUGUUGUCCAGGAUAUGAUUAUGGCAAUGCUACAAUCUGGAGGGAGUAAAAUUGGAUCAGCAUUUCAUUGUUACAUUCUGAAAAGUGGCUUCUUGGAUUUUGUUUCCAUUGCAACUGCACUUCUGCAGAUGUAUGCUAAGUUUGACAUGGUAGGUUCAGCUAAGAGUGUAUUCGAUCACAUGGGCAGUAAAGAUGGCAUUGCUUGGAAUGCAAUGAUCUCAGCUUACACCCAAAGUGUGUUACCUCUUAAUGCUGUGGAUACAUUUACACAGAUGUUAUGCAUGAACACGAAACCCGAUUACUUCAGUUUAAUUAGUCUAUUGCAAUGUGUUCUUUGA